AUGUCGGGUGUGGACUACUCAAAGUGGGAUAAGUUCUGCGACAGCGAUGAAUCCGACGGGGAGGAUGAAGUGAAGGGAGGGAGGCCGUGCGUUACGCGGCUGCAGUACCCGUCACGUGUCACAGUUGGCCCGAAUGGGGUUCACAUGGAGACGCCACCUCCACUAGCAACGGCCUCCCCAUUUGUAGACGGAAGUGUUGCAGCUGUUGCCCAUAACACUGCAACUGCCGUCACAGCGAUCACGAAUCCUGCGUCGGGUGGGGAACUGUCUUUGCAGCAAAGCGCCCCGAAGGAAGUUAAGGACGACGACGAGGCUGAGGAGGAUGCGAUGAUGUACUAUAACCUGACGCGCAACGGCGGACGUGAGGGGCAGUCACACCUCUGGUCACAGACGCGGGACACAGCCUCAGUGAGUUUCAUACUUCCCUCAAUGAGUACGAAGGCGAAGGACAUAGUGAACUUUCGUUUGUGCUCCGAGGAACAGCCGGACGGCAGCUCUGUGUGUGUCUUAACAUUUAGUACGCGGGGUGUUGAGGCUGAACGCCGAUACGUCUUUAGGUAUCCUGUGAAGCUUGACAGCGACGUCGUGGAAGGGUGUUGGCAGCUGCACUCGCUUCCUAGCAGGUCUCUGCGACUCAUGGUGGUGCAGCUCGUCAAGGAGCCCGUGGCGGUGGGAAUGUCGCUGUGGUGGAACCGAUGUUUUGUGACGGAUCAGACGACCGUUGACACCCGGACACUCGCCGACAGGAGUAGCACAGAGGCCCUGCGGGGAGAACAAUUCCAGCGGGUUUGGCAAGAGGCCCAUGAAAAAUUCAAGAAGCGAAUAAAAGAACGGCAUGACUGUUUGCCCGUUAUUGAGGAGGAGUAA